AUGAUUGUCAUGCCUUCAAGUACAGAUAUGAUGGACAAUUCCCACAGCCAGACUGUUCUUUGUUGCUUAAACGAACAGCGCACCAAAGGUGUCUUCUGUGAUGUUACCAUUGUUGUGGAAGAUGCCAAGUUUAAAGCCCACAAAAAUGUCUUGGCAGCAUCCAGUGUUUACUUUAAGAACCUCUUUUCAAGCCAGGAGCUGUGGUUGGUUGGCCAUAUCCUGGAACUGCCUGACUUCAAGGCAGAUGUGUUUGCAGAAAUACUGCAUUUCAUCUACAGUGCAAAAGUGAUUGUCAAAGGGUCUGAGAGAGUUAAAGACCUUGUUGAUGCUGGGAAAAGAUUAGGGAUAUCAUUUUUGGAAAAUCUGACGCCCAUCCCUCAGCAACAUUCAGUUUCUCCUGCUUCUUCCCUCUCCAUGCCAACAAGCCUUCAAAAUCUCAAAGCAGAGGUCUGCAAUUCUGUGAGUGACAAAGGCAGUGAAGAUUUCCAUUUUGUAAAUGGACCCCGAAUCACAAAUGCAUUUUCAAUUUUCGACAUGCAGGCUGGCUCUGACAUGUAUUUUCCAGUUGACUUAACAACUAAUGUCAACAAAAAAGCAAUAGAAACUGAAAAGCUGUCCAUGGUAUGUGGUGGCCAGGAUGCAAAUGGCGUACAGCAGACACCUGCUCAUACUUUUGCUGAACAUUCCUAUGCUGUUUCUUCUAAUAGAAAAGAUCAGCAAAAUAUUGAUCCUUCUUAUGAUCUUCAAGUACAGGAACCUAUGGAAGAAAACGAAAAGCCUUUAUGUAACCUUAAUAGCAAUACUUUUAAUUCUGGCGCUGUACAGGAGAUGCAGUUGAAAGACCAAAUCUGCAAAGCCCCCCAGCCAUUGAACAUUGCCAGCACAACUGGCUUUAAGGUUCUACGAUUUAACUUGAACGCAUUACAAACUGCAAGUGAUAGUAGCCCAGUAAAUUUUGUGCCAGUUACUUGCCCAUUAAAUGGACCUAAUGUGAAUACUGAGGAAACUAUAAGUGGAGGCAAUGAUGCAGAGAAAGAUUCUCCUCCUAUGGCAAACGUGAGCAAAUCAGUACCUAAUGCUGUUUGGUCUGAAACUGUGCCAGCAGUCUCACCCCAAACUGCUUACAACUGUAAAUAUUGCCCACGGUCUUUUAGCACUCGAGUAUCAUUGAAUGUUCAUUCUCAGAUCCACACAACGCUUUUAGAAAAGCCCUUAUCUUGCAGGCACUGUGGUAGACCAUUUGUUCAUCUGAAGAGACUGCAGACUCAUGAGCAUCUUUGCAGAGGACCAGGAACAGCUGUGUCUGAUCAUGAAUCAACUGAUGAGCAAAUAGAGAAUUUUUCCAGCGACAAUGAAGUUGCCAGUAGUGAAGAAGAUCCAAAUUCAAUUUCCCAUCCUUUAGAAGUAGAAAAUCCCAACAAGCACUCAGUGAAUUUGGUGCGGUCAAGGAGAGGCAGCAGCUCACCAGAACCAGAACACUUUGUAAAAGUUGUUGAGGGACACAUUUUGUAUUUUUGUAGUGUUUGCAAGCGUUCCUAUGUAACUCUGUCCAGCUUAAAGAGACACGCCAAUGUUCAUUCUUGGCGGAGAACUUAUCCCUGCCAUUAUUGCAAUAAGGUAUUUGCAUUAGCCGAAUAUCGUACUAAACAUGAAAUAUGGCACACUGGAGAAAGACGAUAUCAAUGCAUCUUUUGCUUGGAGACCUUUAUGACCUACUAUACUUUGAAAACCCAUCAGAAAUCUUUUCAUGGCAUUGACCCAGGUCUUCCCACAAACAAGAAAGCAGUAAGUGGUGGAUACAGGGCCAAGAUGUAUCCAUUUAAACUCUAUAGGCUUCUACCUAUGAAGCUACAAAAAAGACCUUACAAAACUUACACUCGAUCUUGUCCAGAUAAUCGCAACGAUAAUCAAGUAAUUGGAGUUUCUUCAGCUGAUGAAAAUAUGAGUUCUCUUGAUGUCGGUCACUUUUCCAUCAGUAACCUAUCAUCUACAUCAGAGCAUUUGCAGGACAAGUUGCUUUCUUCAGAAACUAUUCCUUCACAGCAGUCUUCCCUUUGUACAUCGGUGUCCCUCAUUACAGCUCAGGAUGAAUUGGCUGAAGGAGGUGCAAGAGAAACAUGCCUCUCAGUCGAAUGUGAAGACGGCAGUCUUUCCACUAGCUGCCAUCUUAAUGACCCCUUGCUUUCUUGCACUUCAACAAGAAAUGAAACCUACAAUAAUGAUAAAGGUAUUGCUGAUAACGGGCAACAAGGCUUGGCCACUAAUGUGCAAAGUGCAAGUCUUUCUGUUAUUAACUAUGGGCACAAAGUUCCCUCUGUAAUAAUGCACAGCAAUAGGGUUUCAUCUGUUAUAAAGCAUGGGAAUGCAUUUUCUUCUGUCAUUACAUACAGCACUGGAGUACAGUCUGGUAAUGAUGCUUAUCAGCCACUUCUACAGACCAAUCUGAGCAAUGAUUCCUCAGACACAAAUCCAAGGAAAAAUAUUUCUAAAGAUUGUGUUAAAUUGCAGAAUAAAGGUGCAUAUAAGAAGGCAGCAGAAAUGACAAAGGGAAGUGGACAAGUCACUGGACAAGGGACUACACAAAAGAAUCAUUCAAGUACCUUUUCUGGAGGAAGCCGAACAGAAACCUAUAUUGCAAAACCUGCCUUCCCUGGAACCUCCACAGACAGUCAGGUAGCUCCUCUUUGCCAAAUCACAGUGAAGAUUGGGGAUAAAGCAGUUGUGCAAAGACAGAUGACUGGGUCCAAACAGUUCCGUAAAAAAGGUAGAAAGCCUAAAUGGAUGAUUCUAAAUGAAGAAAAGAUGGUCCAGGAUAUUAAAAUGGAAGAAAAUGAAGAACACAUUACCAAGUCACCUAGUCUCACAGAUCCAGUUGGAAGUAUUGCAGAUCCUGCUGGAGGCAUUGAAACGUGUGAUGAAAUGAGUGACCAUGAUUCAAAUGACAAACUUUGGCGGCCUUACUAUACAUAUAAACCAAAAAAGAGAGCCAAAGGAUUUCAUAAAUUGAGGAAAUCUAGAUGGACGAAGAAAAGUGGACGCAAGGUUGUGAGCCACUCAGUUCCAAUUUCUACUACCAGAGAAGGACAGGAUUUUGACAUCCUAGAAGGAAUUUCUAUAAAUAAAGAGGUUAGUGAUGUAUCUCAAGAGUUAAGCUGUACACUUGGUGAUAAAAUAAAAUAUACCGAAGAAGAAAUGGAAAGACAACUAAAAUGCCACUCAACUACAAAGCCUUAUUCAUGUACUAUCUGCACAAAGUUAUUUCGAAACUCUUCUACCUUGAAGAUGCACAUAAGGUGUCAUACCGGUGAGCAACCUUUCUCCUGCAAAACUUGCGGACGACGGUUUUCAGUCCUAGGAAAUCUCCACAAACAUGAACGCAUUCAUUUGGGUGUUAAAGAGUUUGUGUGCCUCUACUGCAACAAGGCCUUCACUUUGAGUGAAACUCUCAAGAAACAUGAAAGGAUCCACACUGGGGAGAAGCGGUACCGUUGUCACUUCUGCUCUCAGCGUUUCCUUUACUUGACAACUAAGAAGAAUCAUGAACAGAGACACUUGGAAAGAAAGCGUGCUCUGCAGGAAGGAAAGGAACAUACUUGUUUCCAAUGUUUUAAGGUAUGCAAAACAGCAGCUGCACUUGGUAUGCACCAAAGAAAACACUUAAUAAAGCGUUCUGUUUGUGAAGAUGAGGAAGUAUCGUUGAACUACCAAAAUGAUAUCCAUGCAAAUGUGAUGACUUGUCCAACUGUAACUGAAUCCAAGCUCAAUAAUAGAGCUGAGGCAGAGAGCAAAUCAAAAUUGCCAACUACUUCAGGUAAUGUUGAACAGAUUCACUGUUCACUCGACACAGAGUUCAGCCCUGAUUGCAAUCAACGUGAUUUGCCAACCGUACUACAGACGGCUAACAGUGCAAAAUACCCAUGGUCGAAUGCUCAUGAUGAGGAUCCAGACCUUUUACAGAGAGCACUACCACAGAAUGGUGAGAACAUUUGGCAGGUUCACCAGCAAAAUCUAGACAUUAAUCUGCCUCUUUGCACAAAUGUUUCUUAUCAGUGUGAGAGUAGCAACAGAGAUGAUGGCAGUCUUGCUUUCUAUCAGCAUUCUUCUAAAAUGUUUUAUCAGGGAGACGGGAUGGUCUACAAAGCAAUGUGA